AUGGCACCAAUUCACAUGGCCAGCCGCUCGGGCGGCGCACUGGCGGUACGCCCCUCCCCCUCUCUCACGUCCGAGCCCCUCCUCGAGCCACACUGACCUCCAUCGCAGCAAGUCCUGCGACGACGCACCGCCGGCCCCGGAGCAUCACGCCUUAUGGCCAUCACCGCCUCCUCCGCCCGCAGACACCUCUCCACGGCCCAAUCGCUGCCUCCGACCUAUGAGAAGCUCUUCAACAAGUACACCGAAGUCCGACGAGUCCUCGGAAAGCAGCGCCUGACCCUCGCCGAGAAGAUCCUCUACAGCCACCUGCACAACGUCGAGGAGUCGCUGCUCAACAACACCGACAAUGGGCGCAGUGUCCGGGGCAAGGCCAACCUGCGCCUCAACCCCGAUCGUGUCAACAUGCAGGAUGCUUCCGCCCAGAUGGCUCUGCUCCAGUUCAUGUCCUGCAACCUGGCCCGCCCUGCUAUCCCCGCCAGCAUCCACUGCGACCAUCUGAUUGUUGGAUACAAGGGUGCCGAGGGUGAUCUGGAAGCUGGUAUCCAGACCAACAAGGAGGUUUUCGAUUUCCUCGAGUCUGCCGCCCGCAAGUAUGGAAUGGACUUCUGGCCUCCUGGAGCUGGUAUCAUCCACCAGACCGUCCUGGAAAACUACGCCCUGCCCGGUCUGAUGAUGCUCGGAACCGAUAGUCAUAGUCCCAACGCCGGUGGUCUCACCACCAUCACCAUCGGUGUCGGAGGUGCUGACGCAGUCGAGGCCCUUGUUGGCGCUCCCUGGGAACUCAAGGCCCCCAAGGUCCUUGGUGUUGAGUUGGUUGGCAAGCUUAAUGACUGGGUGUCUCCCAAGGACGUCAUUCUUCAGUUAGCGGGCGAACUGACUGUACGUGGUGGAACCGGAUCUAUCAUUGAGUACUUUGGUCCUGGUGUCGAGACCCUAAGUUUGACUGGCAAGUCGACUAUCUGCAAUAUGGUUCGUUCUCUCCUACUGCUCCUUUGAUAACUGUUACAAAUAAGUGCUAACCACUUCAUACAGGGGCAAGUUUUCCUAACCGUCCAUGACAGAAAUCCCACUAGGGGACAUCUGUUUGAAUCUUAUACUAACCUUUCGUAAAAUAUAGUGCCGAAGUAGGAGCAACCACCUCCAUUUUCCCCUACACAGAGUCGUCUGCUCGAUACCUGGAAGCCACCAGCCGAAGCCAAGCAGUUCGCAACAUUGAAGCCCUGCAGAAAUUCCCCGGCAGCGGCGCUGACAAGGACGCCUAUUUCCGAUUCAGCGCAGACGAGGGAGCUGAGUAUGACCAGGUUAUCCGGAUUGACCUCUCCACACUCGAGCCUCAUAUCAACGGCCCCUUCACUCCUGAUCUGGCAAUCCCCCUCUCUAAGUUCAAGGAGACCGUCAAGGACCAGCAGUGGCCCGAGAAGCUCUCCGCCGGCCUGAUUGGCAGCUGCACCAACAGCUCGUACGAGGAUAUGACUCGUGUCGAGAGUUUAUUGAAGCAGGCUGCCGCUGCCGGCCUCAAGCCUUCCGCCGACUUUUACAUCACACCUGGAAGUGAGCAGAUCCGUGCCACUCUCGAGCGUGACGGAACCCUCGAGACGUUCGAGGGCGCCGGCGGGAUCGUCCUCUCCAACGCCUGCGGCCCCUGCAUCGGUCAGUGGAAGCGCAAGGACGGAGUCGAGAAGGGUACCCCCAACGCCAUCCUGACCUCGUACAACCGCAACUUCCGCGGCCGCAACGACGGCAACCCCGACACCAUGAACUUCCUCGCCUCGCCCGAGAUCGUCACAGCCAUGGCCUUCGCCGGGUCAACCACCUUCAACCCAAUGACGGACGCGAUCAAGACCCCAGACGGCAAGGACUUUAGGUUCUCCGCCCCCCACGGCCUCGAGGGCCCCGAGACCCCCUUCGAGUCCGGCAGCGAGUCCCUCCGCGUCCUGUCCCAGGAGGCCGACGCCGACGCCCAGGUCGCCAUCUCCCCCACCUCGGAGCGCCUCGCCUUCCUCGACCCCUUCCCCCCCUUCCCCGGCUCCGACCUCUCCGGCCUCCGCGUCCUCGUCAAGAUCACCGGCAAGUGCACCACCGACACCAUCUCCGCCGCGGGGCCCUGGCUCAAGUACAAGGGCCACCUCCCCAACAUCAGCACCAACACCCUCAACACCGCCGUCAACGCCGAGACGGGCGAGGUCAACGCCGCCUACGACCUCGACGGCUCCCGGCACACCAUCCCCGACCUCGGCCAGCUCUGGAAGGACCGCGGCCAGGAGUGGCUCGUCGUCGCCGAGCACAACUACGGCGAGGGCUCCGCCCGCGAGCACGCCGCCCUCCAGCCCCGCUACCUCGGCGCCCGCGUCGUCCUCGUCAAGUCCUUCGCCCGCAUCCACGAGACCAACCUCAAGAAGCAGGGCGUCGUGCCGCUGACUUUCGAGAACGAGGCCGACUUUGACCGGAUCGCCGCCGGCGACCUGGUCAGCACCGUCGGCCUCCACGAGAUGCUCCACAACGGCGGCAAGGGCACCGUCCAGGUCAAGGUCACCAAGGACUCGGGCGAGGAGAUCCUCAUCCCCACCAAGCACGCCGUCACCAAGGACCAGGCCGGCUUCAUCCUGGCCGGCAGCGCUCUGA